AUGACUGGCCGUAAUCGAUCCCGGCCCGGUAGCGAUGCUUCGUCUCCGCACCCUCAUCUGCCUGCCCAGCCUAGUACCCUGCGGCAGAGCCAUACGCCCUCGAACCGGCCCUUCAGUGACGUUGACGGCGAUGCCGACCACGACGACAACAACCACGGCCGGGACCACGACAGUCCGCGCGAUGCGCCUUCCCUCGCGGCCCGUCGCGCAUCCGAAGCCACCCCGCUCCUCCUUACCUCGACCGAGCCCAGCGCGCACCCCGGUGAGUGCGACCACGGCACGUUCAGCCCCCGUGCGUCCACUCCAAUGGGCGCACAGGAGCUUGAGAGCCACAUCGACCGCAUGCAAGGCUCUGAGGACUGGAAGUCGUGGCUGAAGCAGCGUAUGCGCACCAAGAAGAUGGGCGACGCCAGCGAGCUCGCCCAGCAAGCCGGCGUUCGUGACGACCCCAUCAUGUACCUAUCCUACUACGUCCCAUGCCUCAUCUGGAUGCGAAAGUACAAGUUGUCAUACCUCAAGGGUGACAUUGUCGCCGCCGUCACAGUGGCCUCCUUCUACCUCCCUAUGGCCCUCUCGCUCGCCGCCAACCUCGCCCACGUCUCGCCCCUCAACGGUCUGUACUCGUUCGUCUUCAAUCCCUUCAUCUACGCCAUCCUCGGAUCCUCGUCCCAGAUGGUCGUCGGUCCCGAGGCCGCCGGCUCCCUGCUCGUCGGCUCCGUCGUCAAGUCCAGCGUUGAUACCGGCGGUCUCGACGACAACGACCUCGUUCACACGCAGAUUGCGGGCGUCGUUGCUGGCAUCGCAGGCGCCAUGGUAUUUAUCGCCGGCCUGGCCCGCCUAGGCUUCCUCGACUCUGUCCUCAGCAGGCCAUUUCUGCGCGGCUUCAUCAGCGCCAUUGGCUUCGUCAUUGCCGUCGACCAGCUUAUCCCUGAGCUGGGCCUCGGCGAACUUGCGGACAAAGCAGGCGUCGGUCAUAGCAGCAGUGUGGAUAAGAUUGCUUUUAUAAUCGAGAACUGGGAAAAGGUACAUUGUCCUACCUUUGCUGUUGCUGGUGGCAGCUUUUUGGUCAUCAUGUUCUUCCGUGAACUGAAGCGUCGCUUAGAGCCCCGGUAUCCUUCAGUAGUCUUCGUUCCGGAUAGAUUCCUCGUUGUUGUUGCUUCGGCUAUACUGUGCUGGUACUUUGAGUGGGACAAGAGCGGUGUCGAGAUUCUUGGCGCUGUCAAGUCGGCGACCGGAACCCUCUUUGCUUUCCGAUGGCCUUUUACGCUCGCCCACAUGAAACACAUUCGCUCUGCCAUGUCGACUUCGUUCCUCAUUGCCCUGCUUGGCUUCUUCGAAUCUUCUGUCGCCGCCAAGAGUCUCGGCAACAGCAGCAUCCCUGGCAUGGAGCUGAGCGCGAACCGAGAAAUGAUUGCACUUGGUGUUGCCAAUGUCGUCGGUUCUUGCUUCAUGAGUCUUCCUGCUUUUGGUGGCUAUGGACGCAGCAAGGUCAACAAGACGACGGGUGCCAAGACGCCAAUGAGUUCCAUUGUGCUCAGUCUCAUCUCGCUGCUUUCUGUGCUCUUCCUCUUGCCAUACUUUUACUAUUUGCCGAAACCCGUCCUGUCCUCCAUGAUUUCUGUCGUUGCUUGGUCUCUCAUAGAAGAAGCACCGCACGAUAUCAAAUUUUUCAUUAGAAUUCGAGGUUGGACUGAGCUAGGCCUCAUGGCCAUCAUCUUCCUGUCCACCAUUUUCUACUCCCUGACACUGGGCAUGGCUCUGGGAGUCGGCAUCUCGCUUUUGAUGGUCAUCAAGCACAGCACGCGCCCCCGCAUUCAGAUCCUUGGCCGCAUUCCCGGAACGCAGCUCUUUGAAAACGCAGAGGCUGACCCUCACGGUCUCGAGUUCGUCGAGGGCUGCCUGAUCGUCAAGAUCCCCGAGCCACUCACGUUUGCCAACACUGGCGAGCUCAAAUCUCGUCUACGCCGCCUCGAGCUCUACGGGACGCCCUCCGCGCACCCAGCGUUGCCCCGUAUCCGCAGCCACGAUGCCAACCGUAACAUUAUCUUUGAUAUUCACGGCGUGACGUCGAUUGACGGAUCUGGGACGCAGGUCCUGGAGGAGAUUGUGCGCAGCUACCGGGAACGGGGCGUCCGCGUCUUCUUCUCGCGCAUGCCCGGCGGCAAGAACCACCCCGUCUGGCGCCUCAUGGCCAGCAGCGGCAUUGUCGAGCUGUGCGGCGAGAGCCACUUCGUUAAGAACGUUGAGGAAGCGCUGCAAAUGACGGAGUACGAGGAGAGCAUCCAGGAAUCGAGAAGCAGCAUUGCUUGA